UCUGCCAUCAUUAAUCUGAAUGUCAAUGCUGGUUUGUAUGCUGAGGAUGAUCUUGUGUUCCGUCUGGGAGCUACCACAGCCUCUGUGUUUGAGGGUCUAAAAGCAAAACUUGAUGGAACCACCAGUCUGACCACCAAGAGAGGAAUCAAGUUGGCUAAUUCCCUGUCCCUUGAAAAUCAGCACAUUGAAGGCACUCAUGACAGCACCAUCAGCAUGAGCACUGAGACUUUUGAAACUGCUAUCUCUGUGGCUACAGUUGCAAAGAUUGCCCUGCCCAUACUCAACCUGGAGGCAAACCAAAAUUUGGUUGCAGACACCAAAACCAAACCAAAUGCUGAGUCCACCUUGAGGAUGAAGGCUGAUUUCAACAUCCCUGUGAUCAAGGCUGUUGGGAAGGCUGACGCAGAACACCGUCUGAAGAUGGAGGGAACCUUUGAGGAUGUUUCCAUGGAGUCUCUUACUAAGGCCAACAUGGAUGGCACAGUGCUUGAAGACUAUAUACUUCUGGGAACCCUGGAUAAUGAAGUUAAUCUGUACCUGAAUAAUGAUGGCCUCCGCUCCACCUCCAAGGUCACUGCUGAUGCCAAGCUUAACCGAGGCACCACCAAAGUCAUUGGCAUGGAUGUAAAUGAGAAUCUUGCUGUUGAAGCUUCCCUGAGCCGCGUGUAUGUAGUGCUGAAGUAUACUGAAAACAAUGAAGCAAACUUGUUUGAUUUCAACACCAAGGGGACGCAUGUUAUCCAGGCCACCAUGGAUCUUGCACCAACCUCUUCCUUGACUGCUGACAUUGAAAUUGAUAUGUCUCAGACAAGCAGCCUGGGUGACUUCACCAUCUUUGAGAAAGCUGUUGCUGAUGUGACAGCUGCCAAACAGAAGAUCUCUUACAAUGGCAAGUUAGUCAGCCCAUUGUACACCACAGACAUGUCAGCUGACCUAGAGGGCAAUCUUCCUGUCUUCAAAGUCACCUUCAAGUCCUCUGGCACCUCUGUCAUUGUCUUCUUGGAAUAUGACCUGGACGCUUCUACUACUGUGAACUUUGAGAAUGAGGCUCUGAACAUCGUCAACAAAGCUGUCCUGACACAUGCUGACAUGAUCAUGGAUGUCAAUCAUGUCAUCACCCAAGCCCUGAGGAUGGAGCCCCAGGCCGAUGACAGUGUCUCUCGCCACACUCUGAAUGUGGACAUCACCAGUCCAACUUUCACUGAUAUGAACCUUCGUUAUGCUGCUCGCAUGGAUGGUAUCAGUGCCUCAGUAUCUACCCCAUCCACUGGCUUCCUGGGCUUUCAGUUCAGUGGCAAAGUCCCAUCUCAGAUGACAGCGAGAUUCUAUGGUCGUUAUCCUUCUGCCCCAGAGAUUGAUGUUGACCUCUUGGUCAUCAGAUCAUCUCCCAAGGAUGAUGACAAGAUGAAGCUGCAGAUGGCCUACAACAUGGAGGCACCCAAAGUACUGCUCUCUGAACUCAAGACGAGACUCCCUUCCUUCAUGUCUACAUUCAAAAUGUUUGCUGACAAGUACCAUAUCACAGGGAAAAUGGAGGAGUUGAAGAACUCUGUUGUUAACCGCAUCAGGGAGGCCUAUGACGCUGCAAUCAACUAUGACACUCAACUGAGCCAACUGUCAAUCUUUUUCAGGAAUGUCAUUGUCCAGUACCAGCAGACUGUCCAGGUAAUUCUGGAUGCUGUUGUGAAGGUCUUGAGGGAAACCCAGUUCAAACUGCCUGGGUCUGAUGAGAUGACCACUCUCCCUGAGGUCCUGAAAAAGCUGACCAGCAGCAUUGCUGCUAUGCUAGAUGUGACCCUCCAGGCCCUCUUUAAAAACAUGGAGGACUACUACAACUCCUUUGUUGAAAAUAUGAGCAGUGUAAAAUUGCGCAUGCCAGUUGGUGAUGCAAUCACUAUAGGCCAGAUCCUGGAUCAGGUCAAAACUAUUUUCAAGAACAUCUUUGAUGAGCUGGUGGACUUUGUGAAGAAUAUGGAGAGUCUUGACACAAUGCUAGUGAAGAUGGGUGAGACCCUGAAGGCUCUUGUUGAGAAAUCUCAGGAGUUUGUUGACUCUGUCAAGUCUGACUAUUUAGAUGCAGUGUUCGUCUACAUCAAUGGCCUCUAUGUAAACUUUGUCACAGUCUUAAAGAAUGUUGUUGAUAAGAUCUCUGCCCUAACAAUGGAGCAGCUCAAUGAUUCUUUUGAGUACAUUAUGGACAUGUUCAUUUAUGUAGUGGACCAGUUCAAUAACAUGGUUUAUGGUUUCCUGCAGCAAGCUUCAGUGGAGGCUCAAGCCUACAUGAAAGUCAGUGAUGGAAGGCUUGAGAUUGACCUCCCAUUUCCCUUCCAGCAGUGAGAAAUCCUCACAGGCUGAGGCUUAAGUCCAUAUGAAACACUACCAUCUGUUCAGUAGACAUGCUUGGAAGAGUAUGGACAAUUUCCUCUUUAACCAUAUUUAUAACAAUAAAUUCAACAGAGACAUCUGUUGUAUUGUGUACAAACAUUGAAAAUGUAACAUUUUACUGAAACUCACCUUACUGCAAACAGUGAGAAACAUCAAUAAAAUACUCUAAUGCAA